AUGAGUGUUGGAAAAAUGAAGUUAGUAUUUGGAGACUUGUUACGGAGCUGGACAAGACAAAACAAGCGCUGGCAGUGGCGCUUGGGCUCGAAGGGAGGGAAAGCCAGAGAAACGGCGCUGGAAAUAUCCGCGGUGGAUUUAAACAAAGAUGACGGUAUGGAGUCGUUACUUGCAAAACUGGAUGCGGUGUUUUUGAGAGAGGAAAAGGACCGCGCGUACGAAGCGUACUCUCAUUUUGACUCGAUCACUAAAGGCAGUGCUUUGUCCAUGGCGGACUACAUCAUUGACUUUGAGCAGCGGUAUAACCGCAUGAAAAAGUACAACAUGACCCUUCCUGACGCUGUACUGGCUUUCAAGCUCCUGGACACGGAAUGUCUGGAGGAGAAAAGCAGACAGCUGGCAUUGACUGCGUGUACGGAGCUGACUUUUGCAUCAAUGAAGUCCGCAUUAAAACGCAUAUUCGGAGGAAAAACAGCAUGUGGGACAAACGCCAUAGAGGAGAUUCAAGAUGGUGCAUUUUUCACGGAGCAACGACCCAAUGUGAAAUUCAAACGUAGCAAUGGCUCGUCCCAGAGCGGAUAUCAGCGGCAGCAGCAAGGAACGAAUCCACUUGACAAGUACGGUAAGCGGACGAGAUGCGCUGUUUGUCAGAGUACCUAUCAUUGGGCUAAAGACUGUCCCCAUCGCAGAAAUGACGUUAAGUUAAUGGAAGAUUAA